GUGAUGGUCAGGUCUCCACAAACUUUUGGCCAUACAGUGUAAUUGUCUUAAUUAAAACAGUUUUUGUUUGAUCCAAAUUUUGUACUUAACUGUUUAAAUCGGUCUAAGCAAUGCAGGAAUGUCACAUAGAAAGCCAUUUGCAAUUUAGCUAAGAAUCACUUUUUUUCAUUCACACGUUGGGCUAAUGAGCAGCUUAAGAGUGCUCUGAUUGGCUGCUUAUGUCGCCACCUGGCGUCAUAAAUCGUAUGCCCCGCCCACUCUGCUCCUUCCAAUACUAUCAACAUUCAGCCUUCCUUCAGCCUCGUCUGAUUUUUCUGUCGUUCCUGCGUCCGCUUUCUUCAGGAAAAUGAACCUUGGCUGAAUGGCUCUCCCCAGGAUGGCUGAUGGAGUGAUCAAGGGUGCAUUGUUAGCAUUGAGAAGAAGGAGAGAAUAUUCAUGAAAUGCGCCACCAUCCUCCCUGCCUCCAUUCACUGAAAGAUUCUGGGUGGAGACUCCAGCAGCUGUUUGCUGGAUCUUAUAUCUGGCAUGGCUGAACAUUUCCCAUUCCUGAUGCAUUUGACAACUGCUGAUGUCCUUGGGGGAUAUAAAAUUGCAUUCACUUUGAAGCUGUCUGUAGUGAUUGUGCUCAGUAGUUUGGAAUAUUCUGGAAAGACAUUUCAUCUAUAUGACUAUUUAUCUCUGUUAUCCUUUUAAAAUAUAUAAAUCCACAUUAAAGGCUCAGGUUUUUAUUUUUUGUUUAAAAAUGUGUACACAUUUAAGCUGUCUUUCUUGGUAUGGUUUGCCACUCUGUGGUAGAUUGGGUGGGGCUCUUUCAUGGCUCUCUUUCUGCUUUCUCACUCCCAUGAAUAGAGCGAGCUUUGCUGACUGCUGGCUUUGUUAUGCAGCCCUGCAGUUGUCUAGAUGCUUACAUCAGCAUUUUGGUCUCAAACGUGACCAAUCCUUUGGUCACAUUUGAGACCAAACCUCUCAAACCUGACCAAAGGAUUGCCCAAGACUAGAAAUGUUUAACACAAAACAAUUCAUAUAUGCCUUAACAUGAUUUUUUUUUAAAAGUAUGACUGUGCACGCUGUGGUGUUAAAAAAUAAUUAUACUAUAUACUUUAUUUUUCCUCCCACAGCGUGAGUGCAUCUCUAUCCACGUUGGUCAGGCUGGUGUCCAGAUUGGCAAUGCAUGCUGGGAACUCUACUGUCUUGAACACGGCAUCCAGCCGGACGGACAGAUGCCCAGCGACAAGACCAUUGGAGGUGGAGAUGAUUCCUUCAACACCUUCUUCAGUGAGACUGGGGCUGGAAAGCAUGUCCCCAGGGCUGUGUUUGUGGAUCUGGAGCCCACGGUAAUAGAUGAGGUCCGCACUGGAACAUACCGCCAGCUGUUCCACCCUGAGCAGCUCAUCACAGGAAAGGAGGAUGCUGCCAACAACUACGCUCGCGGUCACUACACUAUUGGCAAGGAAAUUAUUGAUCUGGUGCUGGACAGGAUCCGCAAACUGGCUGACCAGUGCACAGGUCUCCAGGGUUUCCUGGUCUUCCACAGCUUUGGUGGUGGAACCGGUUCUGGUUUCACCUCCCUGCUGAUGGAACGCCUGUCUGUUGACUACGGUAAGAAGUCCAAGCUGGAGUUCUCCAUCUACCCAGCUCCCCAGGUGUCUACUGCUGUGGUGGAGCCCUACAACUCCAUCCUGACCACCCACACCACCCUAGAGCACUCCGACUGUGCUUUCAUGGUGGACAACGAAGCCAUCUAUGACAUUUGCCGUAGAAACCUCGAUAUUGAGCGCCCUACGUACACUAACCUGAAUAGGCUGAUUAGUCAGAUCGUGUCCUCCAUCACGGCCUCUCUCCGUUUCGAUGGUGCCCUCAAUGUCGACCUUACUGAAUUCCAGACCAAUUUGGUGCCCUACCCUCGUAUUCAUUUCCCACUGGCCACCUAUGCUCCAGUGAUCUCUGCAGAGAAGGCUUACCACGAGCAGCUCUCUGUGGCUGAAAUCACAAAUGCCUGCUUUGAGCCGGCCAAUCAGAUGGUGAAAUGUGACCCACGUCACGGCAAGUACAUGGCCUGCUGCCUGCUGUACCGUGGUGAUGUGGUGCCUAAAGAUGUGAAUGCUGCUAUCGCCACCAUCAAGACCAAGCGCACCAUCCAGUUUGUGGACUGGUGUCCCACUGGGUUCAAGGUGGGCAUCAACUACCAGCCUCCCACUGUGGUUCCAGGUGGAGACCUGGCCAAGGUGCAGAGGGCUGUGUGCAUGCUGAGCAACACCACAGCUAUUGCUGAGGCCUGGGCUCGUCUCGAUCACAAGUUCGAUUUGAUGUACGCCAAGCGCGCCUUUGUGCACUGGUAUGUUGGUGAGGGUAUGGAAGAGGGCGAGUUCUCUGAGGCCAGAGAGGACAUGGCUGCCCUGGAGAAAGAUUAUGAAGAAGUUGGUGUAGACUCUAUUGAAGGUGAGGGAGAAGAAGAGGGAGAGGAAUACUAGAGUGUGGGAACAGAAAUGGAAAUGUAAACUUGCAGCCAGUAUGUACACAUGAUAUUCCUUAAGUAUCAAGUGUAAACUCUACUUCUGACUGUGUACUUGUGUAAUUGUUAUUGUCUUGGCCAGUAUAAUUGUCUGUCGCAUUUGCCAGCCCAUUUUUCAAUGUGACUGAAUAAAGUUAUGAGUGUU